AUGUUUCCCUCAACCCCAGAUCUCUCGUCCCAAGCUUCCUCACAGCUGCUCAGUCCUCCUCCGUCUCCAAGAACACGCCGCCGCAUCCUUAAAAACUCCGGAGAUGUAGACGGCAAAAUCAGUCUGGAACGUUACAACCUUGCAAGCGAUCCGUAUCGCAGCACCAGUCUGCGGGACCCUCCUCCAUACCCACUCUGCAUCACUCCUUCUGAUGAGUUAGCCGAUACCAUACGGCCAUUCGCCCCCGAGAUCUACCAGAUACUUCGGGACCAUAACUUCCCAUCCUCAACAUCUGUUGAGUAUUCCACCUUCUCAAAGCCUGGUCAUCCAGGAUGGGAGCUGGAAAAAUUCAUCCUCCGAGUGGUGGUGGAAGAAAAUCACCACAGUCAAGUUCAAUUUGGGCCUACGAAAGAUGAGGUCAUGAAACUGCUGGAAGACAAGGGACUAACGGAGAUUCAAGUCGAAAUCAUCAAUCCGGACCUCCACUAUACUCCCUCCUGGUUUUACGUGGGCAAGGAUGCCCCUCUUGUGCGCGCAUUUGAGCGUGCAAGAGGUGAUAUCAUCAUACUGUUACAACAUGAAAUCCCACAACGAUGGCGGGUAGUCUCCCCUUUUAACGUCGGUAACGUUCAAAGCAAAUCAGAGUCUGCUAUUGUCGUGCUGGUCGACCCACUUACUGAGGCAAACUGGUCUCGUAUUCGCAAGGGCAUCAAGUCCCUGGUUGAUGGUGUGGACACCGAUUUUGAUGUUGAAUUUCUACCCGGGGAGCUCCGCUUUCUCUAA